AUGAUCAUUAAAUCGGUUGGGAGAAGCGAGGUUCAGGGUCACAACACUUCUGCUGACCCUCUUUCUUGCACUUACACAGACUUGAGAGCUCGAGUCGUUCUGGAUGAGUUUCGUGAAGCCUCAGUUGUGUCCAGCCUCAUCAGGGUGAAGGAGUACAGGGGGCAAACAGAAGAAUCUGUCGUCAUUUCGUUUCUCACCAACGGAAGCGAGAAACAGAACAACCAACGGCAACAGCAGGAACUUCGGCCCUUAAUUCCUUUCAUAAGCAAGCUACAUUCUGCACCCCUGAAGUGCAAUAUGAUUCGUGACAUUCAGUACAGGGACAGGGGUCUCGCGGCACCCCGGCUUUUCACUCGUCCCAUGCCUGUGGGAUUGCUCGCUUGCGGGUCUCAUUUACUUCUUACAUAUGUACAUACGGAGUUCAUACGCUACGUCCAUAACCAUGACGAUGGACCGCCCUUCCGCCCUUCCGAGACAACGAAGCGAAGAGAGCACCGAAACCGGACCGGUCCUGACAGAAUCAACCACAUCAUCUACUCCAUUGCUGGGCCGGCUAAACUGAGGACGACCCGGGACAUGCAAGGCCCAACCAACCCGAACCCCGACCAACGAGCAAACCUCCGCGGGAGAAGAGCCAUCAAUCCCAUGAGGGGGCAUAUCAAUACCUACAUAUACCUACCUACAGUUUGCUUGGGCCGCUCCAGAUGGGUGGUCGGAGUGGAACUCGGGGUCCACCUCCAAAGUUCAGCCGGGUCUAGCUGGUUUCUCGGAUCAGGCCAGUCGUCGAUGUCACCGAUCAUGCGCAUCCUCUUGGACAGAUCGAGAACGUCUUUUCGCACGAUCCUGUUGGUGCUGGGCGAACAGGCGGCCCCCAAAUGGCGUCCCCAAACGCAACCCAAGAAAUGCAUUCUUUGGUACCGAGAUGAUAGUUCGACGCCGCAGGCCGCAUCAAAGGCUCUGGCCCGUCGCAUCGUCGCAUUUGGCAGCUUCAGCGAGCUGGACAAGCUACGGAGGAAUGGUAGGCCUCUCGACACGCUAAAGACGGAUUGCUACGUCUACAUCUACACUACAUACAACGGUACAUACUAUGACCGUUUUGCGAUUUAUGCCUCACUUUGCGGCGGCCAUGGCGGCGGCAAAGCGGUUGUACGCAUGUGGAAAGUGGAGACACGUGCCAAGGAAAUGCACUACACUAGGUCGACUCCGUGUUUUCCUGCCGCCGCCCCCAUACAUCUAUCAUUUCGGAAGACGGGACCGGACAUCACAAGGAGAGAUGAAGCUGCCUUGGGCGAUGGACUUCGGUUGGCCCAUUCACGCCACAGGGUGCUUGAAAAAUACCAAGAUGGAAAGGACAUCGAGUCCUCCCGGAAUGUUGGUCAACCAAAGCUGGCACAUUGGUCGGCAAUGCAAAAGGUCAUCGGGCAGUUUUACUGCCGCUGCGAACAAAACAAAAUAGAUUCCGAAAGCAUUCACGGACCAGUCCAGAAUGCUCGAGACGACUGA